GAGAGCACUCGGGCGCCCGGUUCCUUAUUGUUAAUUAUUAUUGUGUUUUUGUCUUCUAGGCUCAUAUUUAUUAACAAAAAUGUGUGAAGAUAUACAGAAAUGUUGCCGGAUAUGUUUAGACAUAGAGUCGGACCAUGUAUCUAUUCUAGGCGACCCAACAAUUAGCCUUCAUAUGAAAUCCUGUCUCUCAGUUGUAGUAUCGCCAAAUGACCACCUUCCCAAAAAAGUUUGCUCUUCUUGUGUAUCAUUAUUGAACCAGUUUUACAAUUUUCAACUCAACGCCCGUUGUUCCCAAGACUGGCUAGAAUCCUCGAUACAGGAAAAGAUGAAGAAAACAUCCGAAAACAAAAUGGUUGUCCAACCCUUGCCAGACUCUGAAUAUAAUUCAGAUUCGCUCUUAGAGUUUCUAAAUAACACUGCGAACAUUGAGGAGUACCUAAAUAACCUUGGGAAGGAAGAUAUCCCCUGUAUAGUGAACAUGUUAGAUAGAAAUGAACAAAACAUGGAAGUUGCCAAAGCUAGUAAUAAAAUUACUAAGAUCCCUAGUCCUAAGAAAAGAGACACACCAAAGAAAUUCAAAAUGGAAGUGAUGGAGACAGAUAUACAAGUAGUCAAGGGAGUAUUGAUAAAGGAUGCAGAUCCAAAAGUGAGAACAAUACAAGCUAAGUUUGAUAAGAAUUCAUUUAUAUGUUUUGGAUGUAAAACUAAAUUUGAGAGUGUACAGAAACUGUUACACCACUUGAGUUUGUGUGACUUGGCCUCUCGUACUUGUGUACACUGUGACUUAUUAUUUAACUCAAGACAACGUAUGCAGCAACAUUCUAUAACACACAAUACAUCACUGCCAUUGUCCUGCAAUUGUGGUGAGCAAUUCCAAACUAAAGAGAGACUGAUGCAACACCACAAUACUUGUCACACAGACUAUGCAGCUACUGUUGGCUGCGUGUACCGAUGUAAGGAAUGUGGAGAUACGUUCAGGGAACGGUUUCAGCUCUAUAAGCAUGCCAAAGAACAUAUAAUCAAGUUGGAAGAGAGAGUUUGUGAUAUUUGCGGUCACACCUUUAUUGGUAGCAAUGCUUUGAAUAAUCAUAGAAUGGAGGAACAUGAAAAGCCUGAAAAUGUUACGUACAGAUGCAAAAUAUGCAAUGCAACAUCCACUGACCGCAAAGAAAUGUACCUUCAUGUUAAGAAGCACACCGCAAGAGCAGAGCCGACGCGUCAUCUGUGCGAGUCCUGUGGGCGGAGCUUCGCGACCCGUGGCUCUCUACUCCGCCACUCUUCACUCCAUGGCAACAGUAAGAUCAUGUGCACUAUCUGUAAUGAACAGUUCUUGGAAAAGCAGUUGCUUGACGACCAUAUGCGAGCGCAUAUUGAGAUGGUCAUAUGUGAGAAAUGCGGACAAAGUGUUAAUAGCUAUAAGCUUAGUCAACACACUUGUGUUUAAGAUGUGUCUGUUUUCUGUCUAACGAAUUUUUGUGCCAAUGCUCAUCCGCCUAUGUUCUAAUAAAUAAUUAAUAGGUUUUUUUUACUUUUCUAGUUUUAGUAAUUGUCUGCAGUUGAAUUUCGCACAAAUAUUGUAUUACAAUGGAGAACAGUAUAAUUUUGAUACUUUUAGUAUGCAGGGCUAGGUCUAAAAACUUUCUUAUAAAAGACCUUAGUAACUAGUUGUAUGUUUCCAUAUUGUAGUCACAUUUGGCUUUGUAUAACAUUUUGACAAUCAUUAUGAAUACAGCUGGCAAUUUAAUUUUUGCGUUUUAAUUAUGCGAUUGAUUUUGUAUUGAUAAGGAUCGCCGUACACAGGCCGGCUCACACCGGCUGCAACAACAAACCACAACAAAACAUUUUAUAUGAAAAUUUUAUAAGUGGCAUGCUAUAAAUCGUUCUGUUCACAUGCUUCAGAUGACCGCAUGCUAUUUUAGUGUGACAUUUGGUGGUUGUAGCCAGUGGGCUGUGUAAGGUGACCCUAAUUGCGCGCGUGCAUUAUGCGACGUCUUGCAUGUUUAUUAGUGCGCUUUUGGCGAUACUCAAUAUAAUGUAACACAUACCAUUACUUAAAAUAAGUAUAGGUUACGUAUCAACCUAAUUUUGUGAAAUUGUGAUUAACGUAACAUUUCAAAUACGAUGUAAAGAUAUUUGAUUUAAGUUUUGUAUCACUAUUGAGUGCUUAUAGCACAACGUAUACGUAAUAUUUUUGUAGUUAAUGAUUGUUCAGAACGAUCAACGUGAUAUGACAUAUUCAAAUUAAGUUUAGGCUGGCCAAGUACGAACUACUUCAUAGAUCCUCUUCAGGUAGUUCGCGUACUCGUAGGUAUAGCCACUAUAGCCAUUGAUCUAUUUAUGCGAUUAGCAACUAUUGCUCAAAGCCAUACCUAGACUGCUUGAGCUGAGUUUUCUGACAGACACCGCUUCAACCUUGCUCCUUAAGCGGCGUCCAAUCCAAACGUGCAGUCGCCGGCUGACCAAAAGCUUCAUACAUACAUAUUUAAAUACAUAUUGGCAUACUAGUUCACUUAGUAAAGGAACCAGAGUCGCGAGCCCCCCGCCGCGUCCAAACAAGACGGGCUACCCAAUAAAUACGCUAAACUAAAUCGUAAUGAAAUAAAUUAUUAUGCAUCCGCCUCACGAAAGUCAUUACGGUAAAGUAUGCUUCUAUGCCACAUGACUAUGCGCUUGGUUUGAACACUGUCCUAUCUUACUGCUCGCUUUUUGCAUUGCCAAGAAUUUGAAAGGGAUUGCUCAAGCAGUCUGUUUCAGCUGCAAUUUUUAAAUUAAUGUUCAAAAAGUUCGCAUUUGGCUGGUCUAAAGAUACGUGAUUAUAAAAAGUAUAUCCUGAACAAAACGCCUUGAUUGAUUAUGAUUAAGACAUUUGAUAACUUACAUAAAGAUAACGUUUUGACA